CAAUCCCCCCACUUGAAAUUCAGGAUAGCACGAAAUCCACAGAGAACAAAAUCACCCAACCGAGCAGUUGCAGAGGAAGAUAGAACUCAACAAGCACAGAUUUUCUAGAAGACAGAGAAAAGGACAAGACACUUCUUCACAGAACAGAGUUCAGAAACAGAGCAAAUCAUCAUUAAAGUUCCCAACUUUUAAUGGCGGCUAAGCACCAAGACUCGAUUUCAGCACCGCAGCCUCAGCGGCCGGUAAUAACACUCCCUCCGAGGCCUUCCGCGGAGGCCCUCUUCGGCGGUGGAUCUGGAGCCAGCCCUGGCCCGAUGACUCUGGUCUCAAGCUUCUUCUCUGAUUCACCGUACGACUCAGACUUCAGGUCCUUCUCUCAGCUUCUUGCUGGAGCUAUGGGGUCGCCUUUGGCGCAAGUCAGGCCUAUUAUGUUUGGACAGAGCCAAAACCCAGCUGGGAAAGAAGGUGGUGGGUCUGAAAAUGGAGGGGAGAAGAGUUCUGGGUUUAAGCAGAGUAGGCCUAUGAAUUUGAUGGUGACUCACUCGCCAUUGUUUACUGUCCCACCAGGGUUGAGCCCUUCAGGAUUGCUCAACUCGCCUGCCGGGUUCUUUGCACCUCCGAGCCCAUUUGGAAUAUCACACCAGCAGGCCUUGGCACAUGUCACUGCACUAGCUCAGUCUAAUCUGCAGAUGCAAGCUGAAUAUCAAUCUUCUUUAGUAGCUGCUCCCACAGAAUAUCAGCCAAGUAAUCCCUCUGCAGUCCCUAACGAAGCUUCUCAACAACAGACAACACCCUCAACAUCUGAACUUGGAAGUUCCUUGGUGCAAUCAAUAGAGGCCUCUCAGUCCGAGAGAAAUUAUUCAUCAUCCCAUGUCACUGAUAAACCCGCAGAUGAUCGUUAUAAUUGGCGAAAAUAUGGACAGAAGCAGGUUAAAGGCAGUGAAUAUCCGAGAAGCUACUAUAAAUGCACACAUCUGAACUGCCCUGUCAAAAAGAAAGUUGAGCGUUCUCCUGCUGGUGAAAUAACUGAGAUUAUAUACAAAGGGCAACAUAACCAUGAGCCACCUCAACCGAAUAAACGUACAAAAGAUGGAGGUGGUCAGAAUGGACAUACGGAUUCUCAGCCUAAGCUUGAAAAUGGUUCACAGGAAGCUAUGCCUGAGAGGGGAUAUGAGCAAACUCAAGCUGCUCCUGUGCAGUUACCAAGUGACAAUGAAGACUUAGGUGAUGUGGAAACCAGGGAAGAAGGGAAUUUUGAUGAACCUAAUCCAAAGAGAAGGAACAUUGAUGGUGUCGCAGCCGAGGUAGCUAUGCCUCACAAGACGGUGACAGAACCUAAAAUUAUUGUGCAAACAAGGAGUGAAGUUGAUCUUCUUGAUGAUGGUUAUAGAUGGAGAAAGUAUGGACAAAAAGUAGUCAAAGGGAAUCCUCAUCCAAGAAGUUAUUACAAGUGCACAUAUGCUGGAUGCAAUGUGCGGAAGCAUGUUGAGAGAGCUGCCAAUGACCCCAAAGCUGUCAUAACCACGUAUGAAGGCAAACACAACCAUGAUGUUCCAGCAGCUAGAAAUAGCAGCCACAAUAUAGCCAAUAACGCCUCGCAGUUUAAAGCACCCACAGUUGUGGCAGCCGAGAAGCAUCCCCUACUUAAAGGGAGAGAAUUUAGCAACAAUGACCAGAGACCAGUACUUCUUCAGCUUAAAGAAGAGCAAAUUGCUGUGUAAUUAAGGUGUUUGCUAGUCAAGUACAGCGAACUAACAUGGUGCAAAAUGAAUAAGAAAAGAGCUAUAAAGGUUUGUUGUUGUGUGUAAUAGUUGUUUUUCUUUUCUUUUUCUUUUCUGCAUAUAUAUACAUAUCUAUUAUAUGUAGAUGCUUAAUAAGUUUUGCUGGAUGGUUUGUACAUGUUGAAGGCAGUUCUAGUAUCACAGUAUAUAAUUAUUUCACACUGAAACUAGGAAUAUACAACUGAUAUAUAAAUGUACCUUUGAACUACAGUUGCUGUUGGCUUGGCUAUUCUUGGUCUAUAUAUGUU